GUUUUAAUUAAUCUAAUCUAAGCAAAUCAAAAAGUCUGAUAAAAGUCUUUCAAAAAAUAGUCUGAUGAAAGAGGUGCUCCAGCAACCUUGAGCCUUCUUCUUCCCUUACUCACUACUGCUCCGGUCACCGGUUAACUGACGCAUCUCACCACCGUAGUGACGUAGUCUGCUACUUCCUCUUCCUCUGCCUCUCUGCUACUGGUAUGAGUAAUCAUCGCCUCUCACCUUUGUUCUUUUAUUGAAUAUGCUUGUUUUCUUAAUUUUUUUGGAUUGAAUUUGUUUUGUCGAUAGAUAAUUGUAUUGGUUAAUUUUCUAAUUACAUUAAUAAUAGUUUUAAUCAGGUAUUUUGAUUUGAUUAAACUGUAAAAUGGAUUGGUAUUUGUGGAAAAUGGUGAAAUUUGUAACCUUGAAUGUUUCUUACUUUAAUUGUGGAUUAAUGAUUGAUGUUUGUUGUUUACGGUUUAAAGUGAAUAGAUAUUUCAAUAUAGUAGCCUCCGGAUUACCUUUCAGUAUAAUCCAUCAGAACAAUUAGUAAUAACAAAGUGGUUGUUUCAAUUAACCCUUGACGAUGGACAUAUUGAAGAAAAUGUGGCAAGUUGUUAAAAGAAAGAUGUUACAACAGACCCUUGCUUCCAAAAACACUCUAUAUCUUGAAUCAGAUUUUCAUUAAACAAACUUUGCUGUUAAAUUCUGGUACAUCAUUGUCCAUAUUCAGGUCAAUAUCCGUUUAAACAAUCACUGGUAUUAUAGGCCUUUAAAUUUGGUAUGUGUAGUUGAGUAUCCUAUUCCCAUGUUUAAUCUUCAAUAUAAACCAUAAUAUAAUAUUGUUGAAUAAAUGAAAGGUUUAUCUGAGUUGUAGCGAGCAGUGAAGUGUGGUGAUCUUAAUUCAUACAUGUGUAAAGUGCUCCCAUGCUUAAGCUCAAGCCCGGUUCCUUCUUUAGACGAUUUUUCACCUCAUAUCUGCAGCCAUCCAGAACUUCACCUGUAAACGACUACAUACACUGUCACUUGAAAUCCUUUCUCUCUUAUCAGUUCUUGGCCUCUCAAUAUGUUCUUCCAUCACAUGCUAUAAUCAUUGUUUCCGGAAACAAUGACAAUGUGUUCAUUGCAUCAAAGCUCAUUUCUUUAUAUGCUUCGCUUUCAAGGCCUGACUUAGCCACAAGGGUCUUCGAUUCUGUUCAUUGCAAGGAUCCUUUUCUUUGGAAUUCUAUCAUUAAAGCCCAUUUUUCUGGUGGAAAUUACCAAGAAGCAUUCGACUUUUUUCUUGGUAUGCGAUUUUCCAACACCCCACCAAAUUGUUUUACAAUUCCAAUGGUUGCCUCUAUCUGUGCUGAGCUCUUAUUAUUAGAUGAUGGGAUGAUGAUUCAUGGAAUGGUUGUGAAGUUUGGAAUUUUUGAUGAAAAUUCUGCUGUUGGAUCUUCUUUUGUGUACUUCUAUUCCAAAUGUGGUCGUAUGAAGGAUGCAGAUAAAGUUUUUCAUGAAAUGCAUGUGAAAGAUGUGGUUGCUUGGACAGCACUUAUAAUUGGUUAUCUACAAAAUGGCAAUAGUCUCAAGGGUUUGGAAUGCAUUUGUGUGAUGCAUAAUACUAGUGAGGAUGGUGGAAAACCAAAUAAUAGGACUCUUGAUGGCGGAAUUCAAGCCUGUGGGAAUAUAGGGGCUUUAGCAGAAGGAAAAUGCUUGCAUGGCUUAGCUAUAAAGAACGGAUAUGGGUUUUUCAAUGAUGUUCAAUCAUCACUCUUGUCCAUGUACUCGAAAUGGGGAACUGUUGAAGAGUCUUGUCAUUUGUUUCAUGAAGUUGGAUAUAAGGAUGUUAUGUGUUGGACGUCAAUCAUUGCAGCUUAUGCCAGGGUGGGGUGUGUAACUGAAUGUUUAGGCUUCUUUUGGCAAAUGCAAUAUACUGGAAUAAAUCCAGACGAAAUUGUUAUUAGCUGUGUGCUUUCAUCCUUCAGUGAUUCAAAUUGGUUCCGUGAAGGAAAGGCAUUGCAUGGAUUGUUGAUGAGAAGAAAUUAUGUACUGAAUCAAGUUGUCCAUAGGGCAUUAAUUUCAAUGUACUGUAAAUGUGGAAUAUUAUCCACUGCAGAGCAAAUCUUUGAUAUGCUGCAGGAUAGGAAUUCAGAAACUUGGAACUUGAUGGUAUUUGAAUAUGGGAAAGGAGGACUUUGGAAAAAGUGUGUCAGUCUUUUCCGAGAAAUGUUAUACCUAAGGGUUGAAUGUGAUAACAAUAGCUUAAUCUCUGUUAUUUUUUCGUGUUUACAGUUGAGAGCAAUACAUCUUGGAAAUUCUGUACAUUGCUAUGUCAUUAAGUCGCAACGUGAUUGCAAUUUUUCAGUUUACAAUUCCCUUAUAGAUAUGUAUGUAAAAUAUGGAAAGUUAGAUGUUGCUAAGAGUAUAUUUAUAAGAAUAAAAAAAGAUGUUGUAACAUGGAAUACAAUGAUUAGUGGGUAUGCUUACAAGGGAGAGUUAGUUCAGGCAUUAGCACUAUUUGACAAAAUGAUAAUUGAAGGAUCAAAUCCAAGCUCGGCUACAUUAGUGACCGUGCUGUCAGCAUGCUCACGGUUAGCAUGCUUAGAAAAGGGUAUGAAAAUUCAUAACUACAUCAGAAAAUCGGGAACUGAGUUAAAUAUCUCACUCACAACUGCAUUAAUUGACAUGUACGGGAAAUGUGGACAACUUGAAAAGGCAAGAAAUAUAUUUGAUUCCAUGGUUGAAAGAGAUGUAAUCACUUGGAAUGUGAUGAUCUCUUGUUAUGGUAUUCAUGGAGACGCAAAAUCAGCAAUUGAGGUUUUCAAACAUAUGGAAGAAUCUAGAGUUAGGCCAAAUGAACUGACAUUUCUUGCUGUUUUGUCGGCUUGUAGUCACACGGGGCUUACUGAAGAGGGAAAAUUUUUCUUUCAUAAAAUGCAAGAUUACUCUUUAACACCCACUUUGAAGCACUAUGCAUGUGUAGUUGAUCUUCUUGGGAAGUCAGGAAAUCUGCGGGAAGCUGAAGAAAUUGUCAUGUCAAUGCCAAUCACACCAGAUGGUGGUCUUUGGGGGGCCUUGAUAAACGCUUGUAAAAUUCACAAUGAAGUUGAAAUUGGAUUAAGGAUUGCUAAACAUGCCAUCACUGCAGAUCCUGAAAACGAUGGAUAUUAUAUAACCACGUCAAAUAUAUUGGAUUCUGCUGGAAAGUGGGAGGAAGCAGAAGAUUUUAGGCAACUAAUGAAGAAAAAGGGAGUGAACAAAAGACUUGGUUGGAGCACGUCCUAGACCAAUGAAGCAAUCACCAAAUUUUUUGUAAAUCAUAUGCUACUGUCAAGUGUCAACAUGGGAAUUCUCUUACUACACAUGCUAGCUGGACAGUGUUUACCGAUUGUGGGUCUCGAGGUUAUGGUGAAGGCACUAUUCCUCUACGUAGUCAAGAUUAUUGGAGCGUGCUUAACUUUCUAUUAGAGGGAUAGUUUCGAGUACUUCGAUCCAUGUGUAGAGAGAUCAUCCGUUCUCAUCCUGCAAAUAUUUGUUUGACAAGAUUCAGGAAAACAGACAGGACAUGAAAAGGAGAAUGGGCUUCAGUGAAGUCUUCAUUGUGUAAAGAGUUCCACUGAAAUUGCAGGAAACCUAAGAGACAGUCAAGUAAAAAGAGAACUAAGACAGGAAGAGUGCGAGACAGGGAAGAAGUUGAUAGAGAAAGGGGAAGGGUUGCUGGAGCAACAGAUAAAAUAUAUCUUGUGAAAUUGUGCAUAUGGUAGCUCACUUGCUCAAGUGCAAUCUUCAAAAGUUGUAAACAUUAUAAGCUUGAUGAAUCAUUAUUGUAUAAUUAUUACUAGUUUUUACAAGCCCAUUUUGUAGAGUUAAAGCAUUUCAGAUGACAUAGUUAGUUACUAGUCACUACACCAUUCCAUUAACCCAAUGGAUUGGACAAUGGCGCUAAGUGACUCUUACAUAGGCGGAGUUUAGAAAUUAAAAUGCAAUCGUACCCUUUUGAAAAUAAAGAUGUUGUUUUUGAUCGACUUUUGUUAAGAUGUAUACAUGCUUUAUGUUGAGAUGUAUACAUUCUUCACCACCUUCUGUAUUCAAAGUAUAUGUAUUUGUAUACAUUGCUUGCCUUAUGAAAAUAAGCCUUACUUAGAUGAACACAGCCUAUCAAACAUUAAGGAAGCAGAUGCUAAGGCAGCCCAAGCAGCAACCAAGACAGCAACAUGAAUGAGCAGCAGCUUCUGGUGAUCUGUGCACUUUGUACAUGUGUUGGAGCAUAAUACGUGCACUCUUAUAUCAAGGGACGAGAUCUAUCUUCAGUUAGGGUCUUAGUUUAAUGCACAUGUGUUUUUUUUAGCUGUAGAAAAGUUUGUUAUAACUGAUUUGUAAGCUGUUAUAACAACCUUGGUUAACCCUUAGUUAAGUAGCUGUAGUUCGUGUUCUCAAGUAUAUAUAGGCUUGUUCUCUGCUUUGUAUUUUAAGAUUUCAGAAUCAAUAACAAGAAUACACUUUAUUGUUGAUCC